CAGCUGGCGUGUCCUAGGAAGCGUGUAUCAAAACAACGUGGUUUUAUUAUCGGUGUUUGUGGUUCUACUUUAGAAAAAAACGCUGCUUGGUAUUAUCCACGAUGAAGCACACAGACGCACAGCAGGGGCAAGCCUCCCUCUUUCUAGAAGUCUGCUCCCUAAAUGAGGAGCCGCGUCUUCCUCUGCACACCUCCAUCGUCCUCUUUCUCUUGUCCUACUCUGAGUGCAAGUCUUUCAAAGUCUAUCUGGUCUUCACCAAACCUGCCAGCUCUCAGUCACUUAAGAGUCAGCUACCAGAGUCUUUGGAUGUGUGUGACGUUCAGCUGGAAGAUCUGCCUCAGUUGGUGAGAGGCUGUCGUCUCCCUGCAGUUUUGGAUGAGACUGGGAUGCUCUGCAGGGCAGGGUUGGCUGUGGUCCUGAGGCACAUUAUUAACAAGACAACUGAUGCUGACCCCUCCAGAAAUGAUGUGUUGGCACUGCUGGGCUUCAAGAAGACAUGUCUGAAGGCCUGCGCUGAGGUGAGCAAGUGGACCAGACUGUGUGAAAUUGGUGUCCCCUCUGCUGUUGAAAAACACCUCCAAAAUCAUCAAUAUCAGCAGCUGCCUCUCUCCAUCCUCACCCUAGAGCAAAGGCUAGCAGAGCCUGUCAAAGUCCACAAUGAUGACAAAAUACGGAGACAGAAACUACAACAGCAGAGACAGAAGGAAAAGAACCAGUCCCCUGAAGGUCAAGGGAACGCAGACUCUGACACCCAGGCCGGGCAGUCACCUCAGGUCUGUGAUGGACUCGAGCUCAAGGCGGCUCUGGCCAUGCUGUCUGUGGAUUCAGUUCCAACUUUGACCACCAGAGAGAACUCUGAGAUCAGAAAAGUGAAAACCACAGAUCUGCCUCCGCUGGAGCAUGUGUUUGCUGAAGGGCUGUACUUCACAUUGACCGAUGUGGUCCUGCUGCCAUGCAUCUAUCAGUACCUGAGUUCCCUCCAAGCCCACGCUGCGAUUACUCUACACAAACUGCCCCACCUGCUGCGUUGGUACAGCCGUGUUCAGGAGGUGCCUGGGGUCCUUCGGGCAGCCAAAGACUGCGGGAUGACUCUUUGCAUCCCUGAAGCUCCACCGUCCAACCUCCAAGGGCAGUCAGCAGAGGACCACCCAACUAUCCAACUGGAGCAGGAACAACAGGAGAUGGCCACACAGCUGCCCUUUGUUGGUGGCCCCAGGCCUACAAUGACUAAACUUAAAGAAAAUGGCAUUGAAGCAGUCUUCGCUCCUCAUCCUUGCCCUGACUGGACUCUCCCAUGGGACAACUUACCAGAAGCUAUCAACCCCACAGAAGGGAAAAUGUCAAAUAUCCGUGCAGUCAGGAAAAGGCAACAGCUGAAUAACUUGGUUGCCAUGGUUACAGAGCUAGCCAGGCCAGGAUACACCGUUGUGGAUUUCUGCAGUGGAAGCGGCCACGUAGGGAUCGUUCUGGCUCACACUCUUCCAGAUUGUCAGGUUAUUCUCAUAGAAAACAAAGAAGAGUCUUUGGUCAGAGCCCAGAGUCGCAGUGCCGAGCUCGGUCUGAAAAACAUUGGCUUCAUUCAGGCCAAUUUGGACUAUUUCACUGGACCGUUUCACAUUGGGGUUGCCCUCCAUGCAUGUGGCGUUGCAACAGACAUGGUGAUGGAGCAUUGCAUCCAGGCAGGAGCCGCCUUUGUCAUCAGCCCUUGUUGCUAUGGCUUUGUCCCUAACGCAAUCAAGUUCUCCUUCCCUAGGAGCAAAAGGUUCCAAGAGACCCUGACUUAUAAGGAACACAUGAUCCUGUGCCGCUUUGCAGACCAAACUGCGGUCCAGCUCCCUCCUGAGAGGCGACUCAUAGGUAAGCAUUGUAUGGGCCUGGUAGACUUGGACCGCUCGUGGGCAGCAGAGACACAUGGGUACUCAGUGCGGGUGAUGACCAUGGAGCCUGAGAGUUGCUCACCAAAGAACAACAUGCUGGUGGGAAGGUGGCUGCAGAAGAGUGGACUGGAAGAUGGUGCUAGCCAAGUGGAAGCACCGGUGUGUAAUUAGGACCGCAAGCACCGGUGUACAGCACAGCAUCUUCAGUGUGGUCAGAGUUUGAUGAAGUACCCAGCCUCUGUGUUUGUAAUCCACCUGCAACAUUUUCUUUUUAUGAAUUUUUUACAAGCCUUUUUUUUAAGGAAUGGCCCAAGAAAAUAAAAAAAUGUUUGCUUCUUAUUUCUGGACUAUCACAUGUCAUCUUCAGACUGAAAGUGAUUUUUUUUAAAAAUUAAAUACACCUGUGGAAGAGUGUUCUCUGAGAAAUACUCAACUCCUCGUUCAGAUACUCUCAUUUUUAGGUGCAUCAGUUGUAUCAGAAGAGCUCAAGUCUCUCACCAGCCUCUCACUAUGUUAUGUUUGUAUAUUUACCUAAACUGGGUGAUCAAGCUGUCACCGUAAACAGAAGCAGCAGGAAUUACACACCCACAUUGUGAAUUAAGUACAUAUACUUCCACAUGCUGUUUUUGCAAGUAGUCUCUAUACGGCUUUCUGUGAUAGAAACCAGCAGUGAGCUCCCUCAGCUGCCAGGUAUUAACAAAAAAAAGAAAAAAUCAGCGUUAAGUACUCAUCUGCACUUAAAGAUGAGAUGGGGAAUUAUCUGCUUCUCCUCUGCAGCAUAGAGAGUGAGAAACUGGAUUUAAACUCGUAUCACAUCAGGUAAAAUAUAGCAUUUGUCAUGGUUCUACAGAGGAACUGAUUAUGUCUCAUAAAGAAUGAAUGUGAAUAUGGUAUGCAACUCGUAAUACAUUCAGCAGCAAUGAAUAUUUUAUGAUACUGGCAAAAAGGUCAGUGUGCUUGAUUAGAUGCGCGGUGUUCAGAGCCUAGUAGCUGAAAAUCACACAAUGCCCUCCACAUUUCCAUUCUGUGUACUGUAGACACAGUAUAGCCCCUUAAGCUUUCAUUCUCACAAAUAAAAGUGGUCAUCUGUUUAUCUAAAAAAUCCUGUGUUGUCACCUUUUGACAGUGUAUUGCAGCUGCUUGAGAAAUCUAGGGAGGUAGCUGGAGAGCCGGUUUUCCAGCUCACACUGGAGGGAAUAGACGAGCGAGGUGCAGGCUUUUUCCAACGUCAAGCUCAUCUGAAUUCAGUCAGCAGAGUCAAUCUAUCCUGAGGUGAAUGGCCAAAGACACAGUUCCUUCCAAAGACUGGAAUUAUUUCAAAAGGAGACG